GACGGCCGCAGUGCGCCGAGCCGCCACCGCUCCCCGCUCAGCGCCCGGAGCUGCGCGGUCGCAUAGCGCCCGCUCGAGCGCCCCCGUCGAGCUUUUGUCUUCUCUCGGGCCCUGUCUGGAAAGGCGCGGCCAAGAUGGACCCCUGUCACACCGAGGAGACCGAGGGCGAGAUCCCCGGCUUGGGUGUAAUCCUUCUGACUGCAGUAAUGCCUGACCUUAAGUAGUGUAAAUCCCUUGAAAACAGCCAUUUAAUGAUGCAGAAGUUGAAAGGAAAGGCUCUGGACGCCAUAACAGUCUCGUCUUAAAAUGGUGAACUAUGCCAAUAAUUGCAAAACAACCCUGCCCCAGCGCCUGGUAUCUGUAUUUACCAGUUGUCAGCUGCUGAUAACUGCUUAACUCCUCUGUGGUUGGAGCCAGUUACCAGCCCGUGUUAUUUUAAAAUCUUUAUUAAAGAGUAGAGAAUAUACACAAAAUGAAAUACAUUAUCAAGGCACUCUGUAUUUUUCUUUAAAAUACACAGUAAAGGCUAUCUAAAAAACCACAGCUCAGACAAACAAAAAGCUAUUUUUCCGAGGUUUAUAAGUUACACUGACAAUACAUCUAGUUUAGCUAGAAUGUCGAAGACCACAUGGCUGUUUGGUUUAACUUGAGCUCCAAGCAUUUCAUGCAAAUCUUAAUUCUUCUUAAGAAGUCAGGAAAGAUUUGAUCUGUGAAAACAAAGCAUAUAUUUAUCAUGUUUUAAAAAGAAAUGGCAGGACACCAGAAGUUUCCCCUUUUCUGAAGGAACAAAGGAGUUGUUACUGUAUGGUCUCUAGUGCUGUUUUGCCUCUACAUAUAAUUCAUGAUCUGAAAUGCCUUUUACUAUAAUUAGUACUAGAUAGACUUGAGUAACUUAAAUAAUUAAUUAGAAAGAUAGGGAAGGUAGCUGUACAGUAUACUGUUUCAUUAAAGAAAAAUGGAUAAGCCUUCAUUAAGUAGCUCUUCCUUGGGAAGAAAGGGAUUGUCUGAAAAUUGAGCCAAAGCUCUGCUUUGUUUUCCAUAGUGGAAAAUGCAAAUUCAUAGCAAACACCAUCAUGUUACGUUGACUGAACAUUAUGCACCCAAGCAUAGAUUUAGAUUUCAGAUUUAAACAUUAAUCUUUAGCAUUGAUGAUCAGAACAAGAGCAGAAAAAUAGUUCCUAGGAUUUCUUCUGCUGUGGACUGGGUACACAGUAGUUAGCUACAGCAGACUGCUUUAGAGCACUUAUUCCCUGAUCUUGUCUUUCCACAGAACUAGCAAACAUCACUUUGUCUUGUGAACUCAGUGUUUCUUCUGACUGUUGCAUUUCUCUUUUCUUACUUAGUGUCACAUCAUGCACUUAAAGCUGCAUGUAAUCUUUCUUUACAUUUGUCAGACAUGUUCUGCUGUCCAUGAAGAGCCUUGAUACUAGAAUUUGAAGGAGCAUAAGUAGCUCUGAUCUCACUAGGAGUUUUCUAAAGGCAUCACGGCUGGUAUGAAUUGGACGGUACCACUGUGUGAACUAUUUAAUGAAUGGUAUGGCAGUGCAGACUUCACAGGGAGCAGUCAGUCUGACUGGUCCAGCUGCUGUGCACUGUUUGUCCUCCACAACUGUCCCUUUUUAAAAAUAAUAGUUUUUCCCUUGAACUGCUUCAAGUAAGGAAUUAAAUGGUUUUGUGGAGGAAAACUACAUCCAUGUGAUGAAGGGGGCCAAUUGUAGAAGCCCCAGAUUACUACUACAUAAUGCCUGUGUUCUGAAUUUUUAAGGUAAUAUAUUAAAAUCAUAAAAUUCCAUGACUUACAAUUAUUACUGUAGAAGAAGACAUGUAAUACUUACCUCAUCAAUCAGGUACUCCUGUUUAAUUUUAUCAUUUUUAAAAUCUUCAUUAACAUCCAAAACUAGAAUGGGAAUCUCUUUAAGGUUCUCAAAAUCAACUCUGUUAAAAGAUGAACAUUGUUUUACAAAUUAAUUUAUGUAAGUUUUACUUGCAUAAUGUUCUGAUUGCUUUCCAAGACAUCUCAUUACCAUGUACACUUGGGAUGCUGAUGACUUUGGUAUAAAGCCCUAGUUCAAGUCUGUCGUUAAUCACUCGUCAUCAGUGCAUCACUGUAGCAUACAUUUCACAGGUCUGGCCCUUUAGUGUCUCAGUUGUUGGUAGGGAGAGAAAAACAUUCUUUAUGCUUCUCUACCUCAAUCUGUUUGCUGUGGAGACAACUAUCAGGAACCCAAUUUUUAUAAAAGGGAAUGAAUGUUUCCUUCUGAAGUACCUCUUGCCCUGUGUGUCCCCCACCACCUUUGUAGUUAGCUGCUAAUCCAUUUACCAAGAUGAAGUUUUAAAGCUCCCUUUGGUGGGAACGACAUCUGUAACAGGUUAUAAGACUGGUGUUGAAAACGGCUAGGAGACAAGCAAGACAGUUUCAGCUACAGGCUGUGCAACUAGAUGUCACUUAAAUCACUCUUCUUUUAAGAGAACUUGAAAAGUAUCUCCAAAAUGCAGUAAAGGGUGCUGAACAGCAUUCUAACUUGCAUUAAAAAUACAGGAAAUGUUUGCUCAUGGGUUUGGAAUGAGUACACAAUGUAAAUGUUAUAAUUCCACAACACUGUAAUACGUUCUUCUCUCCUGAACUCUUGGGUCAUCCUGCAUGAAUUACAGACUUAGUAAAAGCAGAUGUGUCUGUUCAGUCUAACAUACUUUUCCUGGAAUUGUUUUGAAUCUGUUAGUACACCAUCUGGAAGUAGUUUUGUUUAUUUCAGCUGAAAAGUCAUGCUUGCCUACCAAGAAUAUCCUGAAUGCUUUUAUGAUCUUUUUGUUGUUGCAGUGACAUAAUAUGCUGAUGUCAUUUAUUACUGCUGCAGUUAGUAAUAAAUGUUUAACCUCUUGCUUUGCAUUCUGUAGAGUAUUUCAGGUUCUUGUAGGAAAAACCUGAAGUUAGCGUUCACAUCCAGCUAAUUCCUAUGUGAGGAAAGCUAGUAAAUAUAUGACUCAGUGAGUCCAGGGGGGAAAAAGACACGCAGAGAUAGCUUAGUCACUGGCAUGUUUCCUUCAUGUAAGAGACUGCCAAAAGCCUUUCUGAUAACUGCUUAUUUUGAAGCUAGGAUUAAUAUUUAAACCUUGCUGAGACACAGUCAUCCUAGUUUAAAGGUAAUCAGGACUUUACCUUCCCUUACAUUGGAAGUUGCUUAGUAAGGGAAUAGCCACUGAGUCCAAUUUCAACUGCCAUAUUCCUGUGUACUUCUAAAUUUAAAGAAUUGCUGGAGAAAAAUCACAACUGCAUAGCUUUUCAGUUGAAGAUAAUGCUUAAGUCAUUCCAACUAUGCCUGAGUGAAACUAGUUAGGUCUUAGUUCAACAGGUUAUUUAAGCAAUUUUGCCCACAGUAGUGGUCCAGGGGAAACAGGUUCCUACCUCAUAGUUUUUUCAUAAAGCCAGGUCUCAUGUUUAUAGUGGAGGUUUUCCAAAUACUCGAGGUCAAUUCCUUCCUCCUCUUUUCUUCCCCUCUUCUGUAGUCUUUCCAUGCAUUUCUGAAAAAUUGCAAGCCUGAAUGUUAACAAUGUAUUAAAGGCUAAAUCAGCUAAACAGCAGUCAUUAAAUCAGAGCCAUUGAUGUGCAACAUGAAAAAUUAUGAAGGUUACAAAAAGCAUUAGACAUCAGUGAACAUUAAUUUGAAUGCUUGGAAGAGUUGAAAGUCAACAGUUCUUAUUGAAAGAUUUUCCUUCCCAUACACUGUUGAAGUACAACUUCAAAAUCAGCUUUGGAUGCUUAGUGACUAGGAGAUAAUAGCAAAAACAGCAUUUGCAGGCAUCAGAGUAGCAGCUCAGAAAAGAUGGUAUGUUGAAUUUGGUCUCUAAAUCAAAUCUGAGUUUACUACAGGCUUCUCAUUCUUUUUGGAGAAGAAAAGGCUGGUUCAGUGUGUUAGUGUGUGCAGUCACUGCAGUAUGUCAUGAAUACUUCAGUAUACCUGAGGUGUGGUCCUUAGGUAGAUGAUGCCAUCCAGUUCUAUUUCAGAUUGAAACUGAUUUAAAAGCCAUGAGUGCCAGUCCUGAUAGAUAGCCCACUCUGUUUCAUUGAUGUUUCCAGAUUCAAACAGGUUAGAAGCAAACACAUACCUGCAAUGAAAGACACUACUUAAAUACUUCCCAUCAGAAUCAGUACUGAGCAUCAAUGACAUAGUUGUGUAUCUGUAUUGCCCCCAACAUCAUUGAACUCAUGCCUGUUGGUUAAAACUGCUUCUUGCAGAUGUUAUUUAAAGUGUUGGAGCUGUUAUCCAGCUCAGUGUUGAAACUUACUCUGAACUCUUGUUGCAUUGGAUCAUUACCUGUCACUGUACACAGAUCUCUCAAAAAAUUGCACUGGAUGUUCUGCUUCAUGCAGCUUGGCUGAGAUGGGUUUUAGCUGUGCCCUUACUCGGCUCAAGCAGGCGUAGGUCUGAAAAGUAUAAGCCCAUCUUGUAGGUUUAUCAUACAGCAUUUGAAGUAGGUUUCCUCCACUCUUCUGAGAUGUUGAAAGUUCCUGGGGAGAAGAGAGAAGACUUUCAUAGGGCUUCAUAGGGUUUUAUUCCUUGCUUAACCUGAAGUCUAGUAUGUCUCUUAAGGAAAGCACAGUGGGGAUGACUGAAUGGUCUUAGGAGGAAACAGCAUCUCUACAGACUGAGUAUAGGUGAUUUUUGGCACAAUUUCCUUGGCCAAUGACUGCAGUUUUCCUCAGGCCCCCAGGUGCAGCGCACCCACCUUGCACUCAUCCUCACUGGUCUGGAUGUUGCACCACUUGGCGAUGGGCUCAGGGAUCACCUCCCACUCAUCGCUGUGCUUCUCGAGCAGCCUGACGAGCGUAGACUUUCCAGCUGCUGCAAAAGAUUCGUAAAAUUCAGAGUGUGAGUGUGGACUGGGCUGUUCUAGCAGAUAGGAUAGCGGCAGCCGAGGUUUAAGAGGCUGCAGGCUGCGUUUGUGCAGUGCCUGGACAUGCGGAGCUGCGUGUGUGUACGGGCCCUGCCUUUGCAUCUCGGGAGGUGCUCGGAGCAGGGCCAGGCGCAGGCUGAGGGCCGCCCGCACCGUGCUCGAGUACCUUCUGAGAAAACGGUGCUAAUCUGCAGCACCGGGGCUGGGUCCGGGCGAUAAGGACGUAGCGGGGCCUUCGCGGGGCGGCCCGCGCCGCCAUUUUAGGAGCAGGCAGUGCCGCAUUGUUGGCGGGCUGGCGGGGGAGAGCGGGGCUGCUGCGCCUGCGCGGCGCUGGGGCCGGAGAGGGGGUGAGAGAAGGCCGCCGCGCAUGCGCGAUGCGGACGUCCAGCUGGCGGCGGCCGAACGUCGGUCUGCAGCGCCGCUUGCGGGCGGGUGCCGGGCUGCGGGCGGGAACUCCCGAGCGGAGUGUCAGGCGGGGGAUCGCGGCUGCUUCCACGUGGAUGCGGCCGCGCCAGGAGGAACCGCGUUCUGCUGCCCGGCGGUCGCCAAGGCGGCACGACUGGGGUGCAUAACAGGGAUGGGGUGUACCCGUCCCGGACGGGCGGCGGCUGGGGAUGGUGGAAUGCCGUGCCUCCACCUCUGGUGGUGCCGCCGCUUCCGAAUAGUGCAGGGAGGGAGCGGGGCUCACCCGCCGGGGCCGGUGCGUCGCAGCACGGCUCCUUCAGAGCAGUCCGUCUCCUUGCCCCCUUCCCCCCGCCGUUCUGCGCCGUAGGGAUGGGCAAAAGGCGCUCCCACCCAAACGUCCCCUCGGCAGCCUCGGCCCGCCCCGCUCACCGAUAUUGCCCUCGAUGGAGAUCUUCCUGAGGCGCUUCUGGAAGCUGGAGUCCAGGUCGGCGGCGGGGCCGCGGCAGCGCCUCUUGGCGGGAGCGGACAUGGCGGGAGCACGGCGCUGCGGCUGCUGCCCGCUUUAAGGCUCCCGCCGAGCGCUGGGCGGGCACUCCCCGCGCAGCCGCGGCCGCUCCCCUGAGCGCCCCCUCCCCCUUUCUUUUCCCGCUCUGAUUUGCAUCAGCCUUAGCGAGUUCCCCGCGGCGGUGGUUACAUACCAGGUGUUCGCCCCCUCCUCCCCACACCCUCCACCGGUGCCGGCAUGCCCGGGGCUUUUCCGCGCGGUUACCCCGGGUUGGGCUUCAGUGACCGAAGCGAGCAGAUUGUUUCACGUGGUGUAGCCUCAGCCUUUGAAGCUGCCACCACCGAGACCGAGGCGGAGCCAAAUCUGACCUCCAAUGUGAUGCUGAACACCGAGAGCAGCGAGGGAUACGUGGUGAAAGUGAGGGGACUGCCCUGGUCCUGCUCCACCGAGGAGGUGCAGAGGUUUUUCUCUGACUGCAAAAUUCUGAAUGGAGCUUUGGGUAUCCGUUUCAUCUACACGAGGGAGGGCAGACCAAGUGGAGAAGCAUUUGCUGAACUUGAAUCAGAAGAGGAUGUGAAAUUGGCAUUGAAAAAAGACAGAGAAACAAUGGGACACAGAUACGUUGAAGUUUUCAAGUCAAACAACGUUGAAAUGGAUUGGGUUCUGAAGCAUACUGGUCCCAACAGCCCUGAUACGGCUAAUGAUGGUUUUGUACGUCUUAGAGGACUCCCAUUUGGCUGUAGUAAAGAAGAAAUUGUACAGUUUUUUUCAGGGUUGGAAAUCGUGCCAAAUGGGAUAACAUUGCCGGUGGACUUCCAGGGGAGGAGUACGGGGGAGGCCUUCGUGCAGUUUGCUUCACAGGAAAUAGCUGAAAAGGCUCUAAAGAAACACAAGGAAAGAAUAGGGCACAGGUACAUUGAGAUCUUCAAGAGUAGCCGAGCAGAGGUGCGCACUCACUACGACCCUCCACGCAAGCUGAUGGCGAUGCAGAGGCCAGGUCCUUACGACAGGCCUGGUCUUACCCGCGGAUAUAACAGUCUUGGUAGAGGAAGUGGCUUGGAGAGGAUGAGGCGCGGUGCUUACGGAGGAGGUUAUGGAGGUUAUGAUGACUACAAUGGGUAUAACGAUGGCUAUGGUUUUGGUUCUGAUAGAUUUGGGAGAGACCUAGAAUGGACUCUCUUCUCUGCAGGAAUGUCGGACCACAGAUACGGCGACGGGACGUCCACCUUCCAGAGCACGACUGGCCACUGUGUCCACAUGAGAGGUCUGCCCUACAGAGCGACAGAGAACGACAUCUAUAACUUCUUCUCACCUUUGAACCCUGUAAGAGUACACAUUGAAAUCGGACCAGAUGGCAGAGUGACUGGAGAGGCAGAUGUUGAAUUUGCUACUCACGAGGAUGCGGUGGCCGCUAUGUCCAAAGACAAAGCAAACAUGCAACACAGAUAUGUAGAACUCUUCUUGAACUCAACAGCAGGAGGAACUGGUGGUGCCUAUGGCAGUCAGAUGAUGGGAGCAAUGGUCAAGGAAUCUGAAGGGGUGGUUCAAGAUUGGAACACUAGCACGUUGGCAGGAAGCCAAUCCAGUUAUGGUGGCCCAGCUAACCAGCAGCUGAGUGGGGGUUACGGAGGCGGAUAUGGUGGUCAGAGCAGCAUGAGUGGAUACGACCCAGGGAGUCAGGGCGCCAUGAACAGCAGUUACUACAGCAGCGGGAACCGCGCGUCCAUGGGAGUGAACGGCAUGGGCGGGAUGUCGAACAUGUCCAACAUGAGUGGUGGCUGGGGAAUGUAACCAAUGGCUGACUUUUGGUCAAAUCUUUUUUAAAAAACAAAAAAACAAAAAACUAAGUUUAACAGUUUUGCAAUACAAGCUUGUGAUUUAUGCUUUACUGUAAGUGAAAUCAGGAUUGUUAUUUUAAACCUUUCAGGUUCAGUAUUUUUGAACAUACAGAAUGAACUUUCAUCUAGGAUGUAAUAACCCAGUUGAGCAAAGACUAUAACUGUUAAACAACUCGGAGCGUUUCUCAAGCUAGUUUUGUUGUAGGAGUGUAUUUAAGCAGUAAGCGUAUUUAGGUUAAAGCUGUUUGAAUUAUGUUAAAUGUUGCUCUUAUACCAUAUUACAUCUGACACUGUUUUGAAUACAUGUUGAAAAAAACAUGCUUUUUUGUAAAGAACCAAUAUAGGAGCUGUGUCUGAAAUUCCAAGUGAACAUUUGGCAUGUUAGUUCUAGUUUAUUUCUUUUAAUACCCUGUAAGGCACGCUAAAGCUUUUUUUUUUUAAGUUAAUGGGGGAAACGUGUUGAGACGCAAUACGGCUACUUUAGGAUUUCGGUCUUGGUGUUCGUAUACAAUUCUGAGGCCUUGAUUUAAUCUUUCAUUGUAUUGUGAUUUCCUUUUUAGGUGUAUUGCGCUAAGUGAAACUUGUUAAAUAAAUCUUCCUUUUAAAAACUGGAA